AUGGCGAUCCCGGUGAUUGACUUCUCCAAGCUUGACGGCCCCGAGAGGGCUGAGACCAUGGCGGCCAUCGCUGCCGGGUUCGAGCACGUCGGGUUCUUCCAGCUGGUGAACACUGGCAUCCCCGACAAGCUGCUGGAGCGGGUGAAGAAGGUGUGCAGCGACUGCUACAAGCUGCGGGACGAGGCGUUCAGAGACUCCAACCCCGCGGUGAAGGCGCUCGCCGAGCUCGUGGACAAGGAGAGCGAGGGCGGCCUUCCCGCGAGGAAGAUCGAGGGCAUGGACUGGGAGGACGUCUUCACCCUCCAGGAUGACCUGCCAUGGCCUUCCAACCCUCCCGUCUUCAAGGAGACGAUGAUGGAGUACCGCAAGGAGCUCAAGAAGCUGGCGGAGAAGAUGCUGGGCGUGAUGGAGGAGCUGCUGGGGCUGGAGGACGGCCACAUCAGGAAGGCCUUCACCAACGACGGCGAGUUCGAGCCUUUCUAUGGCACCAAGGUCAGCCACUACCCGCCGUGCCCGCGGCCGGACCUCGUCGACGGCCUGCGCGCGCACACCGACGCGGGGGGCCUCAUCCUGCUGUUCCAGGACGACCGCUUCGGCGGCCUGCAGGCGCAGCUUCCCGACGGCAGCUGGGUCGACGUCCAGCCCCUCGAGAACGCCAUCGUCAUCAACACCGGCGACCAGAUCGAGGUGUUGAGCAAUGGCCGGUACAAGAGCGCGUGGCACCGCAUCCUGGCGACGCGCGACAGCAACCGCCGCUCCAUCGCCUCCUUCUACAACCCGGCGCGCCUGGCCACCAUCGCUCCGGCGAUCCCCGCCGCUGCCGGUGGCGAUGACUAUCCGAGCUUCGUGUUCGGUGACUACAUGGAGGUGUACAUUAAGCAGAAGUUCCAGGCCAAGGAACCAAGGUUCGUGGCCAUGGCGACGACGACGACCAAGUGA